AUGUCAGGUAUAUUUACGGACAUUGAGAUGAAUGGGCAAUACCAGGAGGACGAUGACUUUAACCAACAAGAAGAGCUAGUAAGUGACCAAGAUACGAUGGAUGAACAUAAUGAAUUCGAACAAGAUUUCGGAGAUGAAUUUACUGAGGGAGCGUAUUUUUCUGAAUCUGAUCAGUCAGAAGAUAUCCUUGAAGCUGCUUAUGCGGUUGACUCUGUGCAAGACAUUACAACUUUGAAAUUUAGUGAAAAUUUUGUGGGGAAAAUUGGCAAAUAUCACUUUUCUACUUUGCAGCUUGCAUUUGAUUUUUAUCUGAAGUACUCAAAGUCGAAGGGCUUUAGUGCAAGGAAGAGCAAGACCUUCAAGAAUAGUAUUGGCGAGAUUUACAAACAAAAGUUUGUAUGUUAUAGGCAAGGAUUCAGGGAGGAGAAAUAUUACACGAUGGAAAAAAGGAAGAAGGAGCCUAGAUUGGAAACAAGAACUGGAUGUGAAGCCUGA